UUCAGUCUCACUGUCAUUUAACUUCCUUCCUGCCUUUUGUACAUUAAACAAACACACAGAUCUGACGCGACGUGUCGAACAGCGCCGAGCGACGGACUACAACGCUGCGCGAUGCAAAGCAACAAAGUAACAUUUAUUUAAAUAGACAAAAGAACUCGCGCAACGUAACCCGACAGCGCGCGAGCUGCAGUUAUUAUUCUGCUACGUUUCCAAAAGACGCGAACUGGGAAGAUAAGCGAGCGUAUAAACGAAAGAGUUUGCAACAAGGAUCCGAUCAAACCAAGAUCCUCAGAUGUUUGACAUCAGCGUGGUCGUGGCCGAGGCCUCGCAAUCGUUGCUGUGUGCAUGGUAAAAAGAUAAAGCAUCUCCGCUAAGGAGGAUAUUAUAUCUGAAUGAGCAAAGCAUUCUGGGAUUGUAUUGUACCGUGCAUGCUGGCUUUCCUUCAGUCCCUCCUGAUGAUGGUUGGCUUUGAAGGCCAGUGGACGAAAAGAACUGGGAACUAAAUGGGAGCACAAAAGGACAGAGCCGGACUGCCACUAUGGCAGCUUAUGCUCUGAACAGCCUGGUAAUGAUGAACCCCAAUAAUCUGACCAAAAAUAGCAGUCCUCGUACAGGAAGGCCUGUUCUCCCGGUGCCCAUUCACUCUCCGCGUAGCCCAGUGCUGGGGGGCAACGGAGGCACCUACAGCCCAGGCAUCAUGAGCCCUGGGUCUCCGGGAAAAACCUUUGUCUACCCAACUGUUACCAGUCCUAGCAGUCCGAGGGCACGUUCUCCAUGUCGACCGCCUGAACUGCUGGGGGUGAACGUGGGCAGUCGUGUGCGCAGACUGAGUGGGUCGGAUCAAGACAAAGAGCAGGUGAGCGAAGUGCGUCGUGCUGUUCAGCAGCAAGAGAGAGACAGCGAACUGCAGAACGUGGAAGUGAACAAAAAAGUGGGCCUGUUUGAGGCCCACAUCUCGGCCCGAGCUCACAGCAGAGAGGUCCAGCGAAGUCCACGGAUUUCAAGGAGAUCGAGCCCAUCCGUUUGCCCGACAGCUCAACUUGGCAGACUCUCCUUAAACGCAGAGGAAACACUUUUGGAUAACAAGGAACAAACAACGGGGAUCCCCAAAGAACUGCAAAAUGGAAAAGGAUUCUGUUGCCCGGAGGGGGGGCUGCAGGUCAGCAGCGGUGAGGAGAACAACGGGGCCAACCCAAAUAGGGAAGAGGGCGGCCCACUUGAGAGCAGAUCAGCUGGAACUAAGAGGGAAGCUGACAGCCGUAACGACAGGACUUCACAACAGCUUAACAGCAAUUUGACUGCCAGCGAUAACUCAUCAUCUUGGACCGAGACAUGUUUGGCCAAGGUGGGAGCUGAGCGAACAGAAACCCAGGGAGAGCCAGACGGGGGCGGCCCAGAAGUGGGCGCCAUCCCCGCUGUCAUUAUCACGGACCACGGCAUGGAGGUCAGCGGGGACGGCACGGAACCCCAGGUCAGCCCUCAACCUUCCAGAGCUUUGAGGAAGCUGUCCUCUUCAUCCGCUUCUUCAACGGGUUUCUCGUCUUCCUGGGAGGAAUCUGAGGACGACAUCUCUAGCGACCCUGAACGGUCACCAGCCUUCUUACAGACUCAACAGAAAGCGCAUAAAUCAUGGAAGAAGAUCAAGAAUAUGGUUCACUGGUCGCCAUUUGUGAUGUCCUUCAAGAAGAAGUACCCAUGGAUCCAGCUGGCUGGCCAUGCAGGUAAUUUCAAGGCAGGUGCUAAUGGUCGUAUCCUGAAGAAACACUGUGCGUGUGAGCAGCAAUGUCUCGACAGGCUGAUGAAAGAUGUGCUGAAACCCUACGUCCCUGCGUAUUUUGGAGAUGUGGAGAAGGAGGGAGAGAAGUACAAUCAGAUGGAGGACUUACUGGUGGAUUUUGAUCUGCCCUGUGUCAUGGACUGCAAGAUGGGUGUCAGGACGUAUCUGGAGGAAGAGCUGACAAAAGCCAGAAAGAAGCCCAGCCUGAGAGCCGACAUGUAUCAGAAGAUGAUAGAGGUGGACCCUAAUGCUCCCACGCCUGAGGAACAUGAACAGAAAGCGGUCACUAAACCGCGAUAUAUGCAAUGGAGGGAAACCAUCAGCUCCACCGCUACGUUAGGGUUCCGUAUUGAGGGCAUCAAGAAAGAGGAUGGCACGGUAAACAGGGACUUUAAAAAGACCAAGACCCGGGAACAAGUGACUGAAGCUUUCCAAGAUUUUGUCAAAGGCAACCAGAACAUCCUGAAUUCCUAUCUGAAUCGGCUAAAGGAAAUUAAGGACACUUUGGAGGUUUCGCCAUUUUUCAGAACACAUGAGGUGAUUGGCAGUUCUCUCCUAUUCGUCCACGACAAACAGGAACAGGCGAAAAUAUGGAUGAUAGAUUUUGGGAAGACCACUCCGUUACCGGAUGGGCAGGAGCUGUGCCACAGGGCGACCUGGGUAGAGGGUAACAGAGAAGACGGCUACCUCUACGGCCUGGACCACCUCAUAGACAUUGUUACCGACAUGCUAGCUCCUAAACCCGACUAGAGUAGGAUUUCAUCUUCUCUCCCUGCCCUCGGGCGGGUUGCCUGCACUACAGUUCGAGACCUCUCGGGUUACCCUAAAGCUAUCUUAACCGAUCCCCCAUUUCACCAAAAAGAAAACUGUAAAAUUUUUAACGAAAUGCCACGGUGGCCUUUAAUUUGUAUGUAUGUAAACUUGUAGAUGCUGUACAUAUGUAGUGUAAAAGCCAGUGUUUUUAGUUCAAGAGGUGUGUGAAUAGAGUCUUUGCAGCUAGCGCUUUAACAAACAGGUGAAUUGUUACACUUCUCCUCCACUUUUUAUGCCAGGUCUUUUUGUUAGUGUUACGGAUUUAUGUCAAGCACUUACAGCUACACUUUAGUUUACAAAGGUUUACAUACACCUUGCAGAAUCUGAUUUUAUUAACGAGAGCAAUCACAAAAAAUUACUUUGCUUUUGAUUUAGUACUGCUGUGAUAAAAGCUAUUUGUAAAUAUAUAAGCUAUAUAUACACAUGACAGAUAUUUCUAGAGGACAAAAUAGUUACUGAACUGACAUAAAUUAUACAUACCUUCACAUACUAAUAUUGUCUGUUUGUAGCAUUUUGUGAUACCUCGCCUGUGGUUUCCCAGCAUGCAAUGCAUGCUCAACCUCUCUCCACAUUGACUUGAUGUUGAGAUUCAGCUUUGCCACUGCAGACAAUUGAAGGAGUUAAACACAACAAUACAAGCAGUAUGUAAACAAGGUAGUUAAAUCAUAUGUAUUUUACGAGAUGGCUAAUUCGUAUUAAUUCAUAAAACCACAUUUGUACAUUUCUGUACAAUCUGCUUACGCCUGUGACGUUUGCCUUAAGCUCGGAGUAUAGUUUGCUUUUUACAACAAUUUUUUUCGAACGUACAGCCUUGAAGCAUUGUUAUUUGACUCGUACGUGUACACAAACGUUUGACACAUUCGCAUUGCGACAAAAUGCUAUGCAUCUCCUGGGCUACAUAUUACAUUCUCCUGUACGUCCAUGCAUGCGCAACCUACACGCGUCUAAAAAAAAUUGCCGUUCUUGCGUACUAUUCUGAUGAUGGGAUUUGCAUCACGCACACUUUACGUUGACCCUCGCGUAUGCAUAAAAAUGUGACUAUAACCAGCAGGCAUAUGACCGACCUUCAACGUUGAAAUUUGUUUGAAAUAAGGUCAGUUGUUUGUUCAACGUUGAAACAACGGUGAAUGGUAACUGGUUCCAAAAAGUUCAUAAAAUACUUAAAAAUCAACGUUGAAAUUUAAUUAAAAUAAUGUCAGUUGGUGUUCAACGUUGAAUAAAUUUGCAAAAUCAAAAGUUAAUUCAAUGUUGAUUCAACCUUGUCCUUGAUGUUGAUUCAACAGUGAAUCAACUUUGAAAAGCCUGCUGGGUACUUGUAGCUUUAUGGGUGGGGUUUCAAUAUAUAUAUAUAUAUAUAUUUUUUUAUAAUCAUAAUUACAAAUUAGCCAAUUCAAAAAAUACGUACAAACUGCUGUGAGAUCAGGCUGGAUAGUUUAUGUAAUUUUUAUAUUAUUUUGUCUAGGGCUGUCAAAAGAUUAAUCGCGAUUAAUCGCAUACAAAAUAAAAGUUGGUGUUUGCAUAUUUUAUUUUUGUGUUUAUUGUGUGUAAUUAUUAUGUAUAUAUUAAUACACACAUACACAAAAUUUUUUG